UUUAACGUCAUCUCAAAGCGACAACCACAAGAAGGGAGGAUGAACAAACAAACUGAUUGCAAAUUAUGUGAAGAAUGUCUAUCGCUGUAGUUUUUCAGUUGAAAUAUUAGCUGGUUUAUGGUCUACUAGCUAAAAGGACUAACUAACUGUCUGCUUGUAAUGCGCUGUCAGUUUUAGCCAGCUAAACACGACUGUUGAUUUGUAGUAGUUAGCCUAGCUAGUAGCUAGUAGGUAGAGCUAGCUGACCAUUCUUUUAAUAGGAAAUGACAACACUCACUAGGCAAGACCUGAACUUUGGCCAAGUGGUCGCAGACAUUUUGUGUGAAUUUUUGGAAGUGGCUAUUCACCUCAUCCUCUAUGUUCGAGAGGUGUACCCCUCUGGAAUAUUCCAGAAGAGGAAAAAAUACAAUGUGCCAGUACAGAUGUCAUGCCACCCAGAGCUCAACCGAUACAUCCAGGAUACCCUCCACUGUGUUAAGCCUCUAAUUGAGAAGAAUGAUGCUGAGAAGGUGGUGGUAGUUAUCAUGGACAAAGAGCAUCACCCAGUAGAAAGAUUUGUCUUUGAGAUUUCGCAGCCUCCUCUGCUGUCAAUAAGCUCUGAAACAUUGUUGUCACAUGUGGAACAGCUACUGAGAGCAGUUAUCCUGAAGAUUAGCGUUUGUGAUGCCGUUUUGGAUAACAACCCACCAGGUUGUACGUUUACAGUAUUAGUUCAUACAAGAGAGGCUGCCACACGCAACAUGGAGAAGGUACAGGUCAUCAAGGAUUUCCCAUGGAUAGUUGCUGAUGAACAGGAGGUCCACAUGCAGGAGCCCAGACUCAUACCCCUGAAGACCAUGACCUCUGACAUCGUAAAGAUGCAGCUGUAUGUGGAAGAGAGAGCCCAGAAGGCAUCAUAACCUGAUAGACCACAGAGAAAGAAUCAAACAAGUCAUGUAUUACAGUAUGUAUAAUGCUAAUAAAAUGCUGAAGAGGAAGCAUGACUAUCUCCAAGGGAAAAUUCAGAUGCAAAAUUUAGAAUUCAGUAUGGGUUGACAAAAAGUUCAAGGUCUCAAAGACAUAGAAGACCAGAUCGUGAACAUGAUGAAAUUGUUUGGUUGAGCAUUUUUAUACACUUUUGGGAACCGUCAAUCACAUGUCGGUGUUACAACAAAGUAACUGGGUAGAAUAAACAUUUAUGGGUUUACCUCAUGUAUUUUAUUUGUGCAAUGUCUCAAUGUUUGGUCAAUUGCAUUUUAGUUUGAGUAAUAAAGUGAUUUACCAUAAA